GCGCAAAAAGAGCAACGGGGGGGACGGGGAGAGAAAGUUUAGACCUGACAACAAUGCAGGAAUCGUGAAAGUAUCGAAGGCACCCGAGAUAAAAAUAUGCCUGAGGAGCGUAAAAGAAAACAAACAAAAUCCGCAAAAGAUUGACAAUUUGUUAACCCCUAAUAUAGGUUAUCCAAUAAAGUCAGCAGGUGAGUCCAAAUGUCAGGUGCUGGCAGCGUCAGACAGAGUGCCACACUUUACGGUUAGGGAUAUAAGGGACAAUAAGUGCAAGUUUCAGACGCCAAUUCAUCAGGUUAGAGACGUGCGUAAAUUGGUCAAGAGUUCAUAUCGUUUAGUCUCAGUGGAUAACAGCGAGAGUAAAGGCGCAGUCGCACCUGCUGCUGCCGCAUUACGCGAAUAUAAUAAAGCUUCUAAGAAAGAACCCGAUAAAAAUUCGCCACCCUCUUCAAUUGUAAUAAAAUGUCAGUCUGUAAAUACAAAUAGCAGUACUAAACAACGUGUGCUUGUAACCGAGGCUCCAAAGCGGAGACAAUUUGAGAAUGAUAGGUCAUCCCCCAAACCAUCUCCAGAAUGUGCCAAAAAUGAACCAACAUCGCUGCACAGGGCGACGGGCAGACCUCCAAUUGGCUUCGCUAAACAGCCCAACACAGAUCAGUCCGACGAUAAACAGAAGCAGGAAAAAAUGGUCGAGGCAGGUGAACGCAAACCGGAGUCCAAAAUACCAAAACAGGCGGCGUUAGAGAAACUAAAGGCGGCCAUUAAAACAAUGGAACAGCUUUAUGUUUUUGACAGAAAUGAAUGGAAGCGCAAGAGCCAGGCUCCCCGGCCUAUUACAGACAGUCAUGUUCUGUCACUCAUUGCUAGAGAGGAGCAUAGUGGCCCCGAGGAGCUAGGUGCAGCAGGGGGCAGAGAGAGGCUUAGUACAGAGACAAACACAGACAGGUUGCCAGAAACAUGCAACAUUCAAGAAGAGAAAAGUUGUCUAAGAAUAAUCGAUGUCCCAUUCACAGAGGACACCUUUAAAACCCAGUCACAACAAAGUAAAACGUUUAGUAACAAAAGCUUGUUCAAUUUGGGGAACAGCAUUAAGACAGCUGUCAGUAGCAGCAGCUCUGCUAGUAGGAAUGGGCCACAAGCCUGUUCUCCAUCACAUGCAACCUCCAUGGUGAAAAGCAUUAGCUCUAAGACCCCGAAAGCUCCACUGUCAUUGAAAAUAUACCCCCCAAAACGAGCCCUGGUGGACAGGGGAAGGUUCAAAAGCAGCCCCACCACAGAGACUCCACCACAGCCCAUCAAAUCUGGCAACCCUGAAAACUACUUAACAAUACCUGUAGAAUGCGGGUGUGUCGGUCAAAUGAAACUGCCCAUUCAAGAGCAGGUAUUCCCAAGCAGCCCUACCGCCAGUCAACCUGGCAUCACCGACACCAAGAGACCCGAGCAUAAUUCUAGACAGUCCCUCAAACGGUCCCCGGUUGUCAUGGAGACGCAGCCCCCGGAUAACCCCACCACCGCCACAAUCUACCACCACUCCCUACCAGUGGUCAAGCAAGGAGCCCCCCAGCCGCAGGUCUUCUGCUUCUCCCCCUCCAUCGCCCCCUUGCCCACCACCCCUUCGGGGGGAGACCUCUUCCAGCCUACCCAGAGGAAGAUGCUCUUUGAUCCCACCACCGGACAAUACUACCUGGUGGACAUGCCGAUUGAGCCAGUCUCCCGGCGCCUCUUCGACCCUGAGACUGGCCAGUAUGUGGACGUGCCCAUGCCUAUGCCCCAGCCGCAGCCAGUGACCCCCAUGUCCGAGUCCCCCCUGGCGCUAAACCCGGGAGGGGUGUACGCGCCCACCUACAUGAUCUACCCGGGGUUCCUCUCACCCACGCUUGCUGCCCAGACGGUGAUGGCACCCCAGGUCGCAUCUCACGUGGUGUCCCAAUUGGAGGAUGAGAGCGGGGAGACCCCUCAAGGGAAAUACACCCUGGUGCGUGGGGGGGGGCAGGGGGGCAACAUGACGGGGGCAGAGAGCCCCUACUACAGUGCUACGGGAGGGUCAGUGCCAGCGUCAGUGCCCGUCACCUUGGGCCACCACGUCACUACCCGGGGGAGUGCGGCGGCGUCAGAAGGGAAACCAACGGUCAUCAGCAUCACGUCGCAGCAACGCCCGAGAAUCAUCGCGCCGCCCUCCUUUGACGGGACGACCAUGAGCUUCGUGGUGGAGCAUCGGUAACCACUAAGGGAAUAUACACAGAUUGCUUCUUGAGGAGCCUGUCCCGUGAUACGUAGAUGUUUCAUGGUAAUCUUCUCACACCCUUCUUUGCACCCAGUCCACCAAAUUCCACCUGAACCCACAAUGUUUCCAAGCCCAACCACCUGCCACCAUCACCGCCCCAUCCAACUCUAUCCUGCCGGUGGUCUUUGCAGCAUGUCUGUAUCUGUAAAGCGAUGCCUCAUGCCUACUGCUUGUUUGUAAGGUAGCUAAUUGCUUUGUAAGACUGCUUUCAGAUCUGUAUUUAGAUUUCAGACCAUCCCAUUUGUUCAAAAGCAAUUGGAUUCAGGCACCGCAAUAUUGUGAUUCAAAAGGAAAUAAUGUAGACUGUUUUCCUGUUAAGAUUCAAUAUUUUAGACACUUUAUUGGGUCCGAAUUCAGCACGUUUCCCAUCCUGCGAAGCAAUCAACUGUUUAGAAUUCAGAAAAAGUUAUGUUUUGUUUCUCACAGUUAUUGUGGAAUAAAUUAUAUUGCAGCAUACAGUAUCAUUCAUCAUACAGUAGCAUUCAAUGUACAAGCUGCUAUGAUUAAUGGGAGCAUAAGUAAACAUUUCGACUUAAGUGGAAGUUAGAAUUCACUCUAGAGUCCAGUAAACCUGUAAUCCAGAAUAGCAGAAUAGAAGGCCCAUAAAAGUCACACACGUGUGUGUGCGUGCACGGGUGUGACUAUCCCAACAAAAAUAUUUAAUCAGUAGACAGAUUUUUCUAUUCUUUAAACUGAGGCAUUUCCUUUUUUCUCUUGGCUCUUAGGUGACCUGUAGAAGCAGCAAAAAUAUCCCCUUCUCUCUCUGAACUAGCUGCACCCUUUGUUUCCUCAUUUUGCAGCUAAUGGCCACACAGUUAUUGUAUUGUAUAAUUUGAUGUGCUUUUAUAUGACAUUCGUAUGGCACUCUCCUUGUUGGCAAAUAAUAUGAUGAUAGACUUAAGAGAAACACACUAAGUGUGUUGCCGAGAUAAGCUGGAGCCCUGGGACCUGCCACAUAUUUAGUGGUUGUUCAGGGUCAGAGGUUGGCUCUAUAGUGUACUUGGGGCAAAUGUUUCCCAAGUAGCUUUAGGCUUAGAGGAGCCAGAUAUAGUGGAGACGUUUUAGGGGAUAACCUCCUCUAUAGGUUCUGGCUAACUUUUACACUUGUGUAAGAGGACAAGGAUAUGGUGCCUGUGUGUGUAUGUACUGUAUGUGUUUAGUAAUUGUGAGGUAUUAUGCAUUAUGUGAACAGACAACAGGCUGGCAUGCUACUUCAGCGUUAAAGAGGGCAUAGAAGUAGAAUAAAGAAGAGCUCAGAUAAAUUAGAAAUGCAUCGGUCGAGAUUUCAUUCAUUUACAUUUUAGUAAUUUAGCAGAUGUUCUUAUCCAGAGCGACUUACAGUUAGUGA